UGCGACAAAGAGGCAAAACGUCGACGUGGUUCGCGGUAGGCCCCUGAUAGCCAUGCGUGCCCUUUUUUACUUCUUUAGUGCGCGCCUUAUGUCGGACUAGUGUCAAUGUCAAAAGAAAACGACGAACAUUAUCUAUGGCUAUAAAAACGUAACGCCACUGACGCCGACGAUUCGAUUUCACGGAUUUAUUGUUUGCUGGUGCUGGUGAAGUGGUUACUGAUUUAAUUUGAUUACCUACUUUUAUGAUAUUGAAGUGUUGUUGUUAUCCCUACAAUACUGAAACGGCUAUGUACUGUACUGCAAGAUAAUUUAGAUAAUGUAAACAGACGUGACGUGGUGGAUUUGGUGUGUAGUGCUGGUGUCUAACAAUUCUAGCAAAAAAAAUGGAUAAUCCUAAUCUACCAUUUAUAUUAAGGCACUGUUUUAAAGACGUGAAGAAGGAGGCUGAUCAUGAAAGCAAUAUAAGUGCUGUUUGCAAGAUAUGUUCAAAAACAUUGAAGGGAAGUCUGCACGCAACAACAAACUUCUUAAACCAUAUUAAAAGAAAAGGCCAUGACGAUCUUCUGAAAGAGUAUGAAGAAUUGAAACCCCAACAUACAAAGAAAAGAAAGUGUAGUGUUGCAGAAUCUGACAACAAUAGUACUGCAAGUACGGCAAAAAAAAUGAAACAAAGUAUUAUUACAAAUGCUUUACAGAAGUCAAUAAAUCUAGAUAAAUUAAUAAUAAACUUUGUUGUUGACACAAUGUCACCUAUGUCUAUAGUAGAAAAUAAGUCAUUUAGAGCUUUAAUUGAGGGAGCUCAACAACUUACACGUCCACCAAAAUUGAUGUGCCGCCGUACAUGCAAUAAUAAAAUUGCUGAUGCAUACACACAAUAUAAAGGUAAUCUAAAACAUAAAUUGAAGGCUGCUCAAUACGUCUGUACCACAGCAGAUAUUUGGUCAUCUUCGAGACGCAGUUACUUAGGUAUGACUGUUCAUUGGAUAGAUUCGGACACAUUUGCAAGGAACAGUUCUUCUCUUGCCUGCAGAAGAUUCAAAGGAUCCCACACAUUCGAUAAGAUAGCAGAACUCAUAAUUGAAAUACAUGAAGAAUAUGACUUAAGAUUGUCCAAAAUAACUAAAACAGUAACGGACAAUGGCUCCAACAUGGUAAAAGCUUUUAAAAUAUUUGGGAAACCUGAUCUAGAAACUGAUACAAGUGGUGGACCCCUGUUGAAUGUUGAUUUAGAAAAUUUUGAAGGGAACAUAAAUGAAAACCUUGACAAUAACAAUCAGCAAGAUGAUGAUGAUAAUGAUGAUAUAUUAGCCCUGCAUGAGUUUCCUGAACCUCAAGAAAAUGAUUUAUACCUUCUGCCCAACCAUGAGAGAUGUGCAACCCAUACCUUACAUCUGAUUCCGGCACGGGACAUUGAUAAAGCCAGACAUAAAAAUAAUUCAUACCGGAAACUACAUGAUGCAGCUAUGGCUAAAUGUCAGGCUGUUUGGAAUAUAUGCUCUAGGUCACCGAAAGCAUCUGAAAUUUACUUGGAAGUUACUGGUAAGUCUCCAACUAGCCCCUGCCCAACUCGGUGGAAUUCAUAUUACAAUUGUAUAACAGAUAUAUUACAAGUCCAAGAAACCAUAAAUGAAGCUUUAAGAAAACUGGGAUUAUCAGUCCUGAAAGAAAUUGAAAUACAGUUCUUGGUUGAAUAUGUUAGAACUUCCAAACCCAUAGCUGAGGCCAUAAGGAGCUUGGAAGGUGACAAAGAGAUAUAUUAUGGAUGUCUACAACCUGAAUUGAUAAGAAUGCAUAAAAUAUUAGCUUCAUUAGAAAUGGACAACCCAGUAUAUUGUGGACCGUUGAUUGAAAUAAUAAAGGAAAGUAUUGAAAAGCGUUUCGAAAAAUUUGAUUUAGAAGACCCAAGAUCCAAGGACAGCAUUCUGGCAGCAGUAUCGUAUCCAUUCUUCAAAUUAAAGUGGGUGCCUAAAAAUAAGAAGGAGCACGUUAAGGAGCUGUUUAUCACAGAAGUCAGGAAAUUUAAAAAUGAAAAUGUAAAAAGUGGCCUCCAAUCACAGACAUCAGAAAGAAAAAAAGAAAAAAGCGAGUCUUACUACAUGUUCCAGGAUUCAGACUCCUCUGCAACCAGUGAGGGUGGUAGUGCCAAUACUACAAUAGACCUGGAAACCCUACAAUAUUUAAAGGAUGAGUGCACAAGUCUGGAGAUGCUAAACGCUUAUCCUACAAUAAAAAAAGUAUUUUUAAAAUACAACACAUCCUUACCAAGUUCAGCACCAGUAGAAAGACUGUUUUCGUACGGUGGGAUGAUUAUGAGACCUCACAGAAGAAAAAUGAGUGAUGAUGUAUUCGAACAACUGGUAUUGUUAAAAAGCGUAAUAAAUAAAAAUUGAUGUUUAUUUUUUUCACUUUUUAACAAUACCAGUCCAAUUGUUAUUAAUAAAAGAAAAGUGUAAUAAUAAUAAAAUAAGAACUAGAUGCACAAUCAACCGAAAUAAAUGGCCACACAAUUCACAAAAUGGAGCCAUGGCUAUCUUUUCGUUAGUCUAGUUUUUUACAUUAUUUUAAGUGAGUAUUAUUAUUAUUAAUAACAUAACAGAAUUUAUUGAUACGCAUACCGACAAAUAUGACCAUAAGGUCAUGCAUAAGGUGCCAUUUAGCUCGGCAUUGUAUCUCUAUUCUAUUUCUCAUGAUAAAAACCUAAAAUAAAUAAAAAUAUCGUUCGAUUUGGUCAAAA